CAAACACUUUGCAAGUGGCUCAGGGCUGCCGAUCUUUUUCAGGGCUGCGAACCUCACCUCCACACCACUCGGCUCUUGGAAACCGUAACACCAACACCGACAUAAUCGAUAUUUCAACAUCACAGAUGGACCGGGUUGCUCCGACGAAUAAUGAUAAUGAUCAUGGUCAUGAACAGAGCAGGUCGCGCAAGCGCCCAAAGCUGCGGCCAGCCGACAACUAUGAUCACUUCAGGUUCCUCGACUUGCCAGCAGAGCUGCGUAAUCGCAUCUACGAUUACGCUACAGAAAAUGCAUCAAGCAAUAGCCCAACACUGCGUCCGAAAUCGAAGAAGCCGAUCAAACGGGCUGUCUCUGAGUCCACUUUGUUGUCCACCAAUGAAGCGGAGCCUGAGCGAAGAGUCAUCAUCCCGUAUCUCGCAUUGACACAAACGUGCCGGCAGAUCAGAGACGAGUUCCGACCAAUGUGGCUGUCGACACCCAAGAUCCCUCUAUGCUUGAUGGUCACCUAUCUCAAGGCCUUCUUCCCAGGACGCUUGCCAAAAGCCAUGCGACUUGAAAAGCCUGUCCUGGACACGUACAGCCUUCGAGCGAUUGUGAGACGAGACGACCUGGACCCUCACGCUAUGUACGAUGCAACCAGACUCCUCAAGCACAAAGCACGAUUUCCCAAGUGCGCCAUCACACUCCAAUCGCUGCCAUACUACAGCGAUUCAACACUGCGGAAGAUGGAACGGCUGAUCAACCACGACAACUCAACAUGGAGGCAGGCAUUAUUAAGAGGUAGCAUCAGCCAGAUCCGACUUGGUGUGCCACAUAUAGGGCCUGAGAUAAUACUAACCGAUAUUGUCAUGAAAGAGAGAUUUGCUGAACCAUGGAUGAAGCCCACCUUGAAGUAUCAAGCGGAUGACGUUUUGAAGCGGUUCAUGGGACAACUCGGUUUUGACCUCGAGACCAUUUCGUGGCAGGUCCGGUUUUACGUGGACUAUUCGUGAGGUGUUAAUACCUACUUUAUAAGCUUUCGGGUGUGUUUACGGCGUGGCGGAGCUGCACUUACAGUCCUGGUCACCAGCGCUGUUCAUGUGCAUGUCUCAUGAUU